AUCCUCGAGGCGAGGCUGCGAGGCCCAGAUUUCCUCAGACAACCGAGGCGGAUCGGGGCUUCUGCCUGGAACAUUUCGAACAUUGCCAAGUGACGUGGAGCAGCAGGCGGGCCCCGCGGCCCUUCUACACUUCCUGUGUGGGGUCCCAGACACCUGCCUCCCCUGCCUGCUUCUGGUGCUUCUUCAGAAAUGAAGUAAUGAGCAGGCUGUCUCCGCCAUCUUGGUAGAUCGUGCGUUCUGAGAAGGAUGCAGUGGAACGCUUUCUGCAGAAUACUGCUCCUCGGCCUCCUCCUAGUUGGCACUCGGCAGGAUGAUCCCGAGAACUCUGAUAAUGAGGCACAAAAAUAUUAUAAAGUCUCCAUCUCAGGAACCAGGGUAGAACUGACAUGCCCUCUAGAGAAUGAAGUCGUUACUUGGAAGAAAAAUGAUAAAACAAUACCUAAUGAGAAUAAUAAGCUUCUGGUGCUGGAGGACUUUUCGGAAGUCCAGGACAGUGACUACUAUGCCUGCCAAGCAGAAACCUCAUCAAACGCUUACCUCUACCUGAAAGCAAGAGUGUGUGAGAACUGCAUGGAGGUGGACCUGACAGCAGUGGCCAUCAUCAUCGUCAUUGACGUCUGCAUCACCCUGGGCUUGCUGAUGGUGGUUUAUUACUGGAGCAAGAAUAGGAAGGCCAAGGCCAAGCCCGUGACCCGAGGAACUGGUGCUGCGGGCAGGCCCCGAGGGCAAAACAAGGAGCGGCCACCACCUGUUCCCAACCCAGACUAUGAGCCCAUCCGCAAAGGCCAGCGGGACCUGUAUUCUGGCCUGAACCAGAGAGCAGUCUGACAGAUGGGAGAGACACUGGCCCCCAUGGACCCAGAUCCAGCCCCCUGAGCACCGUGCUGUUCCUUGUCCUCUGGACACAUUGUGGACCCCACAGGAUUGAUCUUCAGUCUUCUGGUGAACACACCUCCUGGAACCUUGCCUCUGCUUCCUCUCCUGCCGCCUCUGCUAGUAUCCAGUACUAGAAUGUUGCUGCCUCAAUAUCCUCUGAAACAUCAUGAAUGGUCGGGCCCUCAGCCAGCCAUCUUGUCGGGAUGCUUAUUCCAGCCACUCACUCCCUGCCAGCUCCUUCCCUCUGCACAGAUGUUAUCUUUGCUGUCAAUCUCCCCCCCCCUUCCCUGCACAUAAAUUGGCCCUCUUCCCCAGCCCUUUCCUAUAGCUUUCUGUUUUCCCACCUCUGUGUUUCACACCCUUCCCUGGGGAUGGGCUCAGUGAUCAUUGGCAGAGGUCCUGGCCCGGCACCUGCCUCGAGUUCCUCUCCACGUUUCAUCUUAAAUCCUUGGAUAGUCAUCUGCAUCUCCGUGAAUAGACCAGACUCCUCUCUGCUAAUGGAAAAGCAAUAAAGUGUAUUGGCUAGAAAA